AUUUCGAUCCAUUUCAAACCGAAAAAACAACCUGUACAAGUCACUAAAUAUGGAAACUCGUUUAUAGCUUUGUUAGUAAACAAAAAAUCAGCUGAUAGAAGUGUCACUCGUCUCACCAUCCACACAGAAAGUGAAAUUCUCGUACAAGAAACCCCACCAAAUUAAAAUCCGCCGUGGAAACGCCACAUCAAAAAAAUCGGAAAAGAAAUUAAUUAAUCUCGUUUUAUAAAAAUGAAUCCAGAAAAUAAUAGCGGAACUCCACGUAGUGAACCCACCGACGUUAAAGGUGCCGUAGCCAGGGUUAGAACAGAAAGUGAAUGUUCCAGUACAAGUGAAGAUGGUUCUAAUCACACACCAGGAAAACGUCAAAGAACAACAUCUCAAACAUUUAUGGUAGCUGGAAGUAUGACGGCGGCGUCACCCCCAAAAUUUGUAUCUUUAGAAGAAAUAAUUCGAGCUGCUAAUGGCAUAAAGGAUAUGGCCUUGGUUCAUCAAAUUGUUGUUGAUAAAGACUUUAAAUUACAACGCUAUGAACCUGAACCAAAUACUAUACAUCGCAUGGUUAAAGAGAACAUGCAAAAAGCAUUUUGGGAAAUUUUACGCCAAGAAUUAGCCGAAGAUCCCCCAAAUUAUAACCAAGCCUUUGUCCUUUUGGAAGAUAUUAAAAACGGAUUAUUUUCACUUUUAUUACCUCAACAUACUAAAAUUAAACAACAAAUUGCAGACGUUUUAGAUACAGAUUUGAUUAAACAACAAGCCGAGAAAGGAAUCUUGGAUUUUGGGCAUUACGCACAAUAUGUUUUGGGAGUUAUGUCGAAACUGUGUGCUCCAGUUCGAGAUGAUCAAAUUAAGAGUUUAAACGACAAAAGCGAUGUUAUUGACGUAUUUAAAGGAAUUUUAGAGACCUUGGAUUUGAUGGCAUUGGAUAUGGCAAAUUUUACUAUCGAAAUGGUCAAAUCAGAAAUAAUAGCACACAGCGUCGAAUUGGAACGUAAAAAAUUUGCCGAUUAUUUAAGCAUCCAAACGGAUGGUUUACAGCAUACUCGAAAAUGGUUACUUUCGCAUUUGAACCCUAACGCGAUUAUAAUUCCGGAAAAUAUUGAUCGGGUUUCUUUCAUUAAAACGACUACAAACAAAACGUUUACUCAAGCUUGUAUUGAUUUGUUGGAGUGGGACGAUAAUUCAACAUUUCCUGAAACUUUUAUGUUAGAUCAAGCGAGAUUAUCAGAUCUACAAUCUCGCACCAAAAAACUAAUCUUAACUGGAACUGUUUUAUUAAUCACUGUAAGCAACGUUGGCCCAAAUUUGCAAAGUUUAGCAAGUUUUAAGCAAGCUGUUAAAGAACAUACGAUAGUGUUACUUCAAUCUCAAAAGACUGAGAAGGAGAUGAUGGAUACUUUACAAAAUGUAGCUGAACAAGUAAUAAGUGAUAUAAAAGAAGCACAAAAAAAUCACGACUUUUUGGAAAUUGGUGAUAAUGCAGCCCAUGUUUUGAAAGACCAAAUUGUUUUAAUUUCGAAACCUGAUAAUCGGAUUAAGCAAUUGGUGAAGCAAAGGGUGAAAGAAUUUUUCUUGCAGAUUAUUGAGUCAUCGACGGCUGAUCCACAAAAAGUUCCAUCUGGUUUGACGGCAUUACAAACAGAACUUACGGCGAUAGCUGGUCAAUUUUUAAGAAUUGUUGCCCAUAACAGUACAGUUUUUUGUACCUACUACUUUGACAUUGUAGAUGAAGCCCUUACGAAAAAAGAUUAGUUAAAAAUAUAACAAGCUAUCAACUGAAAUUAAUUUUCAAAGUACUUUCCUUAUUAUGGGUACUUCAUUUUUCUUUUAUUAUUUUUUGAUUUAUAGUGAAUUUGUGAAUUAUUAAUUUAAUUUAAUUUUCUAACAAAUUUAAACAUGGUGUUUUUAGUGGCAUUCUUAAAUAAUUCAUCUCUUUAUGUGAUAAUUAGAUAAUUCUUUUAUUUUUAUCUUUUUUGACCUAACUUUUUGUUAAUCUCUUUUUUUUUAUUAAUUAAUAUAUUAAUGUAAGACUAAAAAAGAAUUAAUAAAUCAGAAUAUAAAGGCUUUACAUUAACAAAAACUUAAUUGAAGUCUAUUUCCAGAAUUAAUGUUUAUUAUAAAAUAUUAACAAAAUGAGUAUAUACAAAAAAGGUAUUAUUGCUUUUUUUUUCAUGAUACUUGUAAAAACAACUUGCUAAUGUAAUAAUAAAUAUAAACUAUUCCAGUUAAA